UUAAAGCGACAAGUUUACAUUAAUUAAAAAAAAAAUAACAGAAUUAUUUAAUUUAGGAGAACAACAAUCUCCGUGAUGUCUGCAGGAGGUCGUUUAGAAAACGAAAAUCCUGUUGUUUUCCAGCGGUCCGGAGAACGACUCCUGACGGCGUCCGAGGAGGAUGAAGAAGUUCACGACCCGAUUGACGACAGAGAAAUAUUCGAUCUGAUCAGAUCCAUCAAUGACCCAGAACACCCACUUUCUCUGGAGGAGCUCAAUGUGGUGGAGCAAGUCCGGGUCAAAGUGAAUGAUGUGGAGAGCACAGUCAGUGUGGAAUUUACACCUACAAUCCCCCACUGCAGCAUGGCAACACUCAUUGGCCUGUCAAUCAAAGUCAAGCUGCUGCGCUGCCUCCCAGACCGGUUCAAAAUUGAUGUUCACAUCACUCCUGGGACUCACGCCUCAGAGGAAGCAGUGAACAAGCAGCUGGCAGACAAAGAGCGAGUGGCGGCGGCUUUGGAGAACUCGUCCCUGCUGGAGGUGGUCAACCAAUGUCUGUCCACAAGGAGCAUCUGAGCAGCCAAUCAGAUCGCUUCGUCCUCUGUCCAGAUGGUUAUUGUAAACAGCAGCAAUGGUCUUUUUCGGCUGCGGCGUGUGAGCUCUUAGAGGGUCAUGCAGACUUUAUGUGAUCCAGUUCUCCUGAAGCCUGCAGACAAACAUCAGUGUUAUAGGUGUUUCUUGAACAAAAUGCAGAAACUGACAUGAUUUUUUUUUCCCCCAUAACCUUUGAAUUAUGAGGUCCGCAGUGUGGAUGAGGUUGAAUUCUUCUGCAGCAGCAUCAAGUGAUCUGUGAAUCUGCAACAACAUGUUUUGUAAAUAUUUAUGGGACUUUAUUGAGAAUGUAUUUAGUAAUAAAGAAUAUAUGUGCCAUAAAUGU